AUGUGUCCAAUACUCUAUGAACAAUUUCAAAGUUUCAAACAAUUAACCAAAGAAGAACAAGCAUUUAUACGAAAUUCUCAAUGCGGUUACGAUGACAGAAUAGAGGAUCGUGAAAAUAGGGUUUUGGUUUGUUGUCCCCAAAACACUGAACAGUGUGGAGUGGUUAAGAAUACGGCGUCGCAUUUGAGUGCUGGAAGUAAACCCAUCGAUGCGAAGAUCCCUAUAAAUGGUGGAGAAUAUCCAUGGAUGGCAUUGAUCGAAUAUGAGUUCAAAGAAGAUCCCCGCAGACACGAAUAUAUAUGCAGUGGCAGUUUAAUCAAUUCCAAUUACAUCCUGACAGCAGCUCAUUGUGUCACCAAUAAGAAAUGGACAGCAAAACGUAUUUGGUUGGGACAUUCGGAACAAAAUAAUAUCAUCGAAUGUUCGGACCAACCUGCAGCAAAUUGUCCUACCACUUUUCACUCACUGGAAAUUGAUAAAAUCUUUAUUCAUCCCAAAUAUCCUGAAAAUUUACAUCAUGAUAUAGCACUGAUCCGCCUUGAAAGUUAUGUGGAAUUUUCACAAUUUAUACGACCAAUAUGUUUACCAUUUGACAAACAUCUAAAAUCUGAGAAACUGAUCAAUACCUUAGCAGAAUUUGCCAGUUGGGGUGCGGAUAGUCAAUUUGAGGGAAUCAAAAGCACAACCCAGUUUAAAAUGCAUCUGAAGAUAUGGGACACAAAGGUGUGUCGUCAAAAAUAUCGAACAACAUUUUAUGACGUCAAUGUGGAUUAUGAUUUAUGUGCCGGCGGAGUGGAGGGUGUCGAUACAUGUUUGGGUGAUUCGGGUGGCGCCCUAAUGCAUUCAAUGCAUGCGGGUCACCGCGAAAAGAAAUAUUUUGUGAUCGGUGUUAUGUCCUAUGGCAAAAAGGAGUGUGGUCUGAAGGGUUGGCCCAGUGUUAGUGUUGAUGUUCAACGGCAUUUGCCAUGGAUAUUGGCGCAUUGGAGGCAAUAA